ACUCACACUUUUGCCAACAAAUUAAAAGAGAUAGAGAAAGACCGUCCUAAUGAUCGCCGCCUUCCUCCUCCUCCUUUUCAUCACCGGCGCCGGAGCAUACGGCGGCAAAAGUAGUUCAACUGCCGCCCAAUUCUUGGGACCGCAAAAUGCCGCCAGGGCAGCGUUGAGAUUACCGCCCCUAACAUGGAGCGUUAAACUUCAGGCGUACGCAGAAGCGUACGCCAACCGGAGGAAAGGCGACUGCGCCUUAAUCCAUUCCCCCGGAAAUACUUACGGAGAAAAUAUUUUCUGGGGGAGUGGUACUGGGUGGGGCCCGGCUCAGGCAGCCGGGUCGUGGGUGUCGGAGAAACAGUACUAUAGAUACUUCUCGAAUUCAUGCGGGAACGGGCAGGAUUGCGGGCAUUAUACACAGAUUGUGUGGCGGAGCACUAAACGGGUGGGUUGUGCACGGGUCGUUUGUAAUGGUGGGAGAGGUGUAUUCAUGACUUGUAAUUAUGACCCGGCUGGAAAUUACAUUGGAGAGAGACCUUAUUGAUCCAAUUAUAUAUAUAUUUUACUAUAAGCUAAUCAUGAUGUUUGAUUCACCUGAAUGAUUAGUAGACAAUGAUUUCUCUUU